GUGUACCUAUUAACUAACAGGCCUAAUUCGCUAAGUUGAAUAAGCUUCCGCCCGCCCGAGCUUAUGCCUGCCAUUCGUCCAUUCGUCCUCUCCCCAGAUUUAGAGUGGGACUCUCUAAGUCGCUAAAACUAUUGGUUUCUUUUGGAGUUCUGCAACAUACAUAACGUACAUAACAGACUCCUUACGAUUGCCUCUUUUCCCCUUUCGAUCCUGUCUCGUCAUCUAUCCUUCUUUCUUUCUCUUAUUACUAUCACGAAUUCUCUUCUACAUUUUUAUACGGCUUACCUUUUCUGUCCCUUGACCCUGAAACAAUAUAACGUUGACUAGCGUAGUUCGCGUAACCAAAAUAGGACGUCAGCCUCUGAAGGAACGUCUGACAGGCCUUCGUUGCAUGUGAUAAGCUCCACUGUCCACUUAUUCGAGGAACUCAAAUAAGAAGCUCCAGUAACGCCUACUUUUGACUCGUGAACUCUCACCGCAGCAUACGGAACGAUACCAGAAUCUCUACUCUCUGGGGAAAUCAUGGCAGCUUCAACAGUCAAGCAACCGGACGUUCAACAAGUCUUAGGACCUCUGUUACCCUCGCUACCAGCCGCCGCCUUGUCAGCCCAACCUGCAGAAAACGCUCUUCCACUUCUCUCCCCGAUUCUUAGGCAACGAGUCCAGCUUUUAUCAUCAGCUAGCUCAGAACCGUGGAUUCGCCUGUUGUGUUAUGAGCCCGGAAAUGUUCCUAAAUUGACAGAGAUUGCCCAGGGCGAUCGGCUAGAACCCCAUCCUGUAUCUGGCGAGGUCGAAGUUGAUUGGGAGUAUGACACGGAAAUCCGCUAUCGGCGGGUGGACGAGGAGACUCUCCAAGCGCUCGUAUUACUUAAAGAUAUCGGCUUAACUUUCCGCCUGGUUUAUUGCGUUGGAGAUCCUACAGGCGAUGGUUGGAAAGUGGGCGAAGUCAAUGUAGCCGAGAAGCCGUCUCCGUUUUUAUCGUUUGGUGGCGUUUCAGACAUUGGCGAAGCCGAUAGGCAGUUUAACGAGUCCAAGUCGAAAUCAGCUCAGAGCAACGGCUUUACAGCUAGCCAAGUUGCUCCUGUUGUGGACGACGACGACGACGACGACGAUGAUUACUGGGCAAGAUAUGACGCGACACCUGCGAGAACUCCUGCUGUUAAAAGAUCGCCUGCUCCACAAUCUACUCGUGGCGUCAGCACGACAGCCGAGGAAGAUUAUUAUGCUCAGUACGACGAUGUCCAACCAGCUAUGGACAAUCAUGACCCGGACGAGGAAGCAAAUUAUGAAAUAGCACCGCCUCUAGGUCUAGGCCCUAGGCCAAGCAACGGCAGCGACGAGGAGGAGAUAGAAAUCAACGAAACUCAGGGCGCAUGGACACUUGCCCCUAGGCCAAAGUCACCUUCUACACAUUCGAGAAGUGGUGACGAUCCAAGCAUAGUUCAUCCUUAUCCGAGGCCUGCUUCGAGCACCGGAUCAAACGCUUCGGUUGAGAAACUCGAGGCGGCGGCAGCGAAGCAAGAGCAGAACGAUUUCGGCGUUAAGCAGCACGUAUCUCGAAGCAUUAAGAGCUUGUUUAUGCUGUCCCGUGCGUCAGGAAUCGAUCGCGAGGAAUUUGAACGACUAGUAAAGACGGAACUUGAUACGUUAGGACUAUUGGAAGAAUGAAUCCAAUCUGAGAGAUUAUGUUUCAAGUUACGUAGGUAUUUCAGGUUGGGGGAAUCUGGUUGUAUUUACAGGCGUUCGAACGGCCAAAUUGGCGGGUACAUCAUUUUUGUUGGGGGUGCCCGGCAGUUUACAUAGCAGCUACCUAGGUACAGACAUGCGUGGCUAUUUCAGGUAUAUAUCUUGCAUAAAAGGGGUGAUGCAUCCUACGGCGUUAUCGAGUUAAUCGGGAUACCUUUCAAGUGUAUUGUAUGCAAGAGGAUAUCAGAAGAAAUUGAAAAUAUACGAAAUUUACUAAAA